CCCAUGUUUGUAUGUGCUCCUGGGCGUGUCCGUGAGUGUGUGUACUUUGUGGAAGAGUGUGUGUGUGUGUGUGUGUGUAUCUGUGUCUGUCUGUCUGUCUCUGCCAGUCAGUGUGUGAGUGUGUUUGUUUAUCUGGGGCUCUCUGUGCCCCAGUUUGAACCCCAACUCCCCUGCUUGCCCCAGUACGUUCUCUGGAGAUGGGGGACCCGGUGAUCUGUGUCGGGGACCCUGCCCUGGGAGGCAGGAUUUCUGGGAAGAACUGGGCCCUGCUCCCAGAAGUGGUAGCCAGCAGACUCCAACACCGCAGGGCCCUGGUACUGAGACAGCGCCAUCUCUGCAACGUCUGUCUGGCACUGGUGGUUCUGGGCAUUGGCCUGGUGAUUGCCAGCACUGAACUGGCCUGGCACACAUCGCACCCGUACAUUGUUGAUACGCUGACAAUUAUUAACACUGUCUCAUCUCUGCUCCUCUUGGCUCUGACCCUGGCCUACCACAGGACCUCUCUUCAGCUCCUGAUGAUGGAUGAGGGCCUGGGAACAUGGCGAGCUGCCCUCACCCUCCGCCGUAGGGCCUACCUCGCCCUCGAGAUGCUGGUGUGUCUCCUGCAGCCUCUGUCCCAGAGUGGGGAAGGGGAUGGGGGCUUGCCGGGUAGCGAAACGGUGCCACUGGCAGCUGCCAGCCUCCUCCGCCUGCACUGGGUGAGACGGGCACUGCUUCUCAACAGCCCACUGCUGCAGCCAUCCUACCGGGCACUGGGCUCCCUUGGCAGGGUCCGUCUCCGAUCCCCCUUCGCCCUCAAACUCCUGAUGGAGACCUGUGGCGGCCGCCUCCUCCUCGUCUUUGCCUCUUCCCUCUGGCUGCUCGGCUCCUGGACCCUCAGCCUGUGUGAGAGAACCAACAACGGGAGCAGCAGCGUUGGCCUGCUGGAUUCGAUGUGGCUGAUUCCGAUCACGUUUCUGACCAUUGGCUACGGGGAUAUCUCCCCACACACCUACUUCGGGAAAUUCAUCUGUCUGCUGACUGGCAUUACGGGCGUAUGCUGCACAGCGUUGCUGAUUGCUGUUGUCUCCCAGAAGCUGCAGCUUUGCAGCGAUGAGAAACAUGUCCACAAUUUCAUGCAGGAGAUGCGACUGCAGCGGCAGGUGCAACGGGCAGCGGUGGAUCUGAUCGGCUCAGCCUGGCUUGUGUACAGACGCGUGCCAGGGUCUCACCCACGCCAGGCUCGGCAACUACAGCGCAGUCUAGUCACUGCGGUACACAGGUUCCGGAACGCUAAACAACAGGAACGGAGACACCAGGAUCAGAUCAAUUCCAUGAUGGGACCCAGUAAGAUGUACCACCUCCUGCAGGACUUGAACCAGAGUUUGUCUCUGUCCUGCAGCAAGUUGGACCAGAGGCUGACAGCUCUGACAGACAAGGUUGACGGCCUGGCUUCGGACAUGAAGGAGAUCUCUGCCCUCCUUCACGGCACCUCCCAGCAGCUUCCCAGACACUGACAGCUGCUUCCAGUGAAGUAGCCUGCACUCUGUUAGGAGGGGCCGGGGGUCCUCGGUUCCCAGUGUGCAGCUGCAGGUGGGGGAGGCAGGUUGCCUUGCCGCCUCCCACCAUUGUCCCCCUGGUAGUGAUCCCACAACUGAAUGGGGCAGUCUCGAGAUAUGUGGACCUCCCAAACUGAGGCCAAGUCCAGCCCUGUCCCAGCUCAUCAGCUUCUGGUCCUGAGAUGGCAGAAGGGGAUGAAGUGAUGGGUGUUAAAAUGCUGAGAAGGUCCUGUGAGGAGGGAAGUGGAAAGAGAGGGCUGGAUAGGGAGUCAAGAAUGGAGCAAUUCUUUCAGGAAUCCAUAAGAAAAGGGGAAACUGGUUAAACAGGCUCUUCAGCCCUACUGGUCCAUGCUGACCCAUAUUGCCAUCUAAAUCAGUCUCGUUUGCCUGCAUCUGACCCAUAUCCCUCUAAACCUUCCCUAUCCAUGAACCUGUUCUUAAUGUACCUGCCUCACAGACUUCAGCUGACAGCUCUUCCUAUAUAUGUGGUCAAAGCAUUCUCCCCCACCCCCCAAUGUCUCUAUUAAAUCUCUCCCCUCUCAUCUUAAAGCUUUGCCCUCUGGUUCAGACCUGGGGUAAAAGACAGUGCAGGUUCACCCUAUCUGUGCCCCUCAUGAUUUUGGGGGCUAUUACAAGAGCUUGUGGAAACUUGGGUUAUUUUCUCUGGAGCACCAGAGGCUUGAUGUGGGGUGGGGGGUGGAAAUUGAGGUGAUCCACAGUUAGGGUAGACAGUUGGAGCCUUUCUCCCUGUGGGAAAAUGUCUAAUACCAGAGGCGAGAGAAAGAAAGUUUAAAGGAGAUGUGAGGGGCAAUUAUUUUUAUAUGGAGCAGUGGGUGAUGGAACGUGCUGCCAGGAGUGAUGGAGACAGAGGCUGUUAGAUGUGCAGGCAAUGGAGGGAUAUGGACAUUGUGGAGUGAGAAAGGAUUUGGCAUCCCAUUCAGCACAGAUGUUGUGAGCAAAAGGGCCUUUUCCUGUGAUUACUUCAUUCCAUAUUGGGAGAUGGGGAAACUGAAAUACUGCAGGGAGCUGGAAUUUCCAGCGGACGGUGAGUGAAUUGACCCUGGUUCGUACACGAGUGGUGAAAUCUGUCAUGUCAACCCGUGCACAGCACGUCACUGCUUUGAAAAUCAAUCUGUUAGUGAAAUAUCAGCUGAUUUUGUUGGAUCUGGAGAUAAUAUUGGCCAGAAGAUUCUUCAGCUGUCAAGAAUGAGGCAUAAAUCUUGUGUUACAGCUAUUAGGUGUUCAUAAGACAGGUAUAACAAUAACUAACUCUGGAAGUAAACAUCAAAGAAAAGAUCGAGUAAGAAAGAAAGGACAAACAAACAUGCCUCACAAACCUGACUGAAUCCUUAGAGCAUGUGAUUAAACACAGUAUAUCGAUCUGAGUAAGGCAUUCCACAAGCUCAAUCAGAAAGUCAAGGUCCAGGGAAACUUGGCUGUGCAGAUAGGAGAGGUUUAGAAGGACGUGGGCAAAUGGGAUGAGCUGAGGUCAGCACAGGUGAGUGGGUGGGCCAAGGACCUGUUUCCCUACUGGAUAACCCAUGAACUGACAGAAGAUUUCAAAACAACUGGCUGUAGACAACUAAGUUUGGUGAAAGCUGUUAUGUUGGGGUCUAAAUUGUCAAUUUUCUUGUAGUUCACCCUUGUUUUUAUGUUUGUAUAAUCACUUGUCUGUUUGUAAAUAUUCAGUGGAUGUUCAGUAAUUCGUUCUGCUUCUGACUUUUUUGUGGUUUCUGUGUUCAAUUGUUCCAUUUAACAUUAGUGAAUUUACAUAGUAUACAACCUGAAAUUCUUACUCUCUGCAGACAUCCACAAAAUAAAACAAAGAAUGAAUGACUAGAAAUGUAAGGACCCCAAAGUCCA